AAAUGCUCCUCUAAACCUGCUCCAUGAGAUUUGGGCAUCAGGUAAAGAUCUGGAAAGGUGAUGGCAACUCAUCAGAAUGUAGAGUUUGUGCGGACAGGUUAUGGUAAGAACGCUGUGAAGGUGCUGGUUAUAAAGAGACAGGGAAAACAUCAUGACAUUAUUGAGCUGAAAGCCGACGUGGAAAUCACUCUGAAAUCUCGUAAGGAUUAUUUAACUGGAGACAAUUCGGACAUCAUCCCCACUGACACCAUCAAGAACACUGUGCACGCUCUAGCCAAAAUCAAAGGGGUAAAUAACAUUGAACAGUUUUCCCUGGAUAUUUGCAAUCAUUUUCUAACUGAAUUCAACCAUGUCCUACGGGCCAAAGUUUACAUAGAGGAGGCUCCAUGGAGAAGGCUAGAGAAGAAUGGUGUACAGCACGCUCAUGCUUUUAUUCUCAGUCCUGAAGCUGUUCGGUUUUGUCAGACUGAGCAAGAUCUCAAUGGUGUGCCAGUUGUUCACAGUGGAAUCAAGGACAUGAAGGUCCUGAAAACGACACAGUCUGGGUUUGAAGGCUUCUUUAGAGAUCGAUUCACAACCCUGCAGGACAGCAAGGACAGGUGUUUCUGCACCUCAGUUUACUCUAGGUGGCGCUACAAUAAAGUGCUCGGUGUUGACUUUGAUGCUGCCUGGAAUGGUGUUAAGGAUACAAUAAUUGAGAAGUUUGCUGGUCCCUAUGACAGUGGAGUGUACUCACCCUCUGUGCAGAAGACGCUUUAUGAGUCUCAGGUCAUGGUUCUGGAUCGACUCCCUGAGGUUGAAGAAAUAGAGAUUGUCAUGCCCAACCAACACUACUUUACAAUAGACAUGACAAAGAUGGGCUUGAGCAACAAAGAUGAAGUCCUGCUUCCCCUUGAUAAUCCCUCUGGAAACAUCACAGGGACUCUGGGCCGGAAACAACAAGCCAAACUAUAAGCACUAAACAAAACCAUUGGAACAACCACUAUUUUUUGUGUCAUUUACAUUGGAAUCUAUCAUUAAUGAAAGUCAAACUCCUAAAUUACUCUUUGGUGAGAAAACAGCACCAUUUAUUGCAAAUCUUUUAGGGACAGAGCCAGUGUUUUGUUGCACAUUGGUCAUACACACUUCAUUACAGCGGUCUCAGUCACAAAGGUAAAGCACCACAGAAAGGAAUAUUUACACAUAAAUAAUCUCAUUUUUGGAGCCUCGGUUAAAUAAACAAAGGUCAUGUUUAGAAACAAUACAAACUAAAUGUUACAUGCUCAGCACAGAUGGCCUCAGCUGCACAGUUGUGAUCACUAACUGACCUGUUGGAGAUUUAUGGGGUGCAUAAUAAAAAUUCAAUGUAUGAUACAACAUAGACAGUUUUGUACUAGAUUUCAUCUUGUAUAUAAAUACUUUUAAAAACAUUGGUUUAACCUCAUUUCACUCACAAACACACCCACCAUACCUGCAAAAUGUCCACCUAUUCUUCUAUUAAAUAACAGAAAAUAAAAUACAACAUCUCAAGCAGCAGUAUAAGAUUAAAUGAAAAGGUAAACAGCAUAGUGGGCCCAUGUGCAGCCCUUUUAGGGAGUGAGAUUAUUAAAAACAUACUGAAAAAUUCUGUUAAGGUGCCACUAGAGGAGUCUUUGAAAAGCGGCAGCUAGACUGGGAUCACCUGACAUACUGAUUGUCGCUGAGGUGGGUUUUUGGAUGGUCUAUUGAUGCUAUGAGGCAUUGCUCUUCAGGUGUUGAGUCUGUAAAGGUUUCACAUGGUACUCAUAGAUUUUGAGUGCAGGUCCCAGCUUUAUGGACAGGCCCGUCAACACGUCAUUACGCGUCAUCAAGAGAAGAGACUUGCCGUCGAUUUCCUGAGAUUAAAAUAAAAGGUCAGCUUCAUUGUCUGCAAAAAA